GCUUUUCCGUGAGAAACACGUUUGUGCAUUUUCGCGUGCAGUUUUCCAUCGAAAAAAUGGGUUUCGCCAGCUUGUGGUACUCGCAUCCGCGUAAAUACGGACAGGGAUCGCGAUUCUGUCGUGCCUGCUCCAACAACCACGGAAUGAUCCGAAAGUACGGUCUCAACAUUUGCCGACAGUGCUUCCGCGAGUACGCGAAGGAUAUUGGUUUCAGGAAGCUGGAUUAAACCAGAGAAUAUUCUCAUCUUUCCACGCCUGUGGCAACAAGAAAGAUUUGCAACUUGUUGACAGUGAUGUGCGAGGAAAAAAUGUCCGCAAAUAAAUAACGUAAAAUCAAUCAA